UUUGACGCACAACAUACAACAAUAUAUUGCAUCAAUAUUAUAUUGUGUUAUAGUUUGGUUUCAUAAUGGAGGAAACCUCACCUGAUGGCAAAGCCUUUGGUGCAAACCCUUCAAAUUCGAGUAAUCCAUUCGAUGUGCCCGGUGAUGAAGGACCCAAGUUCAACAAGGAUUCUCUAUACUAUGACAUGAGUGGUGACAAGUACCUCGUCAUACUAAACCAUCACGAGUUCCAGAGCACUAGAUAUUUUAGAUUCCGGAAGCCAAGCACUAGAAAUGGUACAGACAACGAUGUGAAGAGCUUGACGGAGGUUUUCAAACAUUUCGGAUUCGAUACCUCCAAUGUAUUCAGAAACUUGGUCUAUGAGGACAUUAUCAAGAACCUUACAGCCAUCGCCACACAGGACCACUCGAAGACAUCGUGCAUCUGCGUCGCGAUCCUCACUCACGGAGACAAGGGAGGCGAGCUGCACGCGGCAGACAGACCCUACCUGCUCAGUGACGUCAUGAACAUCUUCGAGAAACAACCGAGUCUCGUCAACAAGCCUAAGUUGUUUUUCGUUCAGGCUUGCAGAGGUGCCAACGCCGACGAUGGGAUGACUGUACAAUUAGACAGCGAGAAUGUCAUGACUGUACCUUCACAUGCCGACUUCCUUCUGCUCUGUUCUACUGUUGAAGACUACCUUUCCUACCGAGACAUCAACGGAUCGUGGAUGAUCCAAGCGUUGUGCCAGGUCAUCAGCGAGAACUACGAGGACCUUGACCUUCUCCACAUGAUCACAUUAGUCAACAGGAAGGUCGCCUACGAAAGGGUCACUUACACAAGAGACGCCAAGACUCACAACAAGAAACAGAUGCCAGAAACUAGAUUUACUUUGACAAAGCUGUUGAAAUUUUCAGCUGAAUCCCAAUGACUGUGCUGUAAUAUGUGUUGAUUUUUGUUUAUUAAAGUUAUAUUCAUUUCAAA